ACUUCCUCUCUCUCUCUCUCUCUCUCUCUCUCUCUCACGUAAACUCAUAAUUUUCACUUUCUUAUGUACCCUAUAGCUUCUGCUUUAACCUCCUAGGCUCGUGCCCACCACAACCACCACCUCACAAUAUCAUUCUCUGAUCAUUACCUUUCUCUUUCGAACAAACAUGAAUUGCUCGCAGAGUUGGCCUGAACCUGUCGUUCGUGUUCAGUCUUUGUCUGAAAGUGGCAUAAGCCAAAUCCCACUGCGUUACGUGAAGCCACCGUCUCAUAGGCCAUCGGUGAAGGACAACAAUGUUUCUUCUUCUUGUUCUACUCAAACGGAAGUUGACAUUCCUGUUAUUGAUUUCGGGAACGCCUUCUCUGAUAAUCAAACCCUCCGUUUGGAGACCCUGAAGAGCAUCUCCCUCGCUUGCCGCAAGGGGGGUUUCUUUCAAAUAGUAAACCAUGGUGUGAGACCUCAACUUCUGAAGAGUGUGCGAGAGGUCUGGCGAGAGUUCUUUAACCAGCCGCUGGAAGUGAAGCAGGAGUAUGCAAAUUCGCCAGCUACUUACGAGGGGUAUGGUAGCCGGUUGGGGGUGGAGAAGGGGGCGACCCUUGAUUGGAGCGACUAUUUCUUUCUUCAUUAUAUGCCAGUUAUGCUGAGAAACCAGAGAAAGUGGCCUCAAGUGCCAGCUUCCUGCAGGGAAUUGAUAGAUGAAUAUGGCAGAGAAGUGGUUAGACUUGGCGGAAAACUGAUGAGUGUAUUCUCCAAGAACCUUGGCCUGGAAGAGGACUAUCUUCUAAACGCUUUUGGGGGUGAAGAGAACGUUGGUGCUUGCUUGAGGGUGAAUUUCUACCCUAAGUGUCCCCAACCAGACCUUGCACUAGGUCUCUCACCACACUCCGAUCCAGGUGGCUUCACCAUUCUCCUGCCAGAUGAAAAUGUCGCCGGACUACAAGUCCGUCGAGGUGAAAGUUGGGUUACCGUUAAGCCAGUCCCAAAUGCCUUCAUUAUCAACAUAGGGGAUCAAAUUCAGGUGCUAAGCAAUGCUAUUUACAAGAGCGUAGAGCACCGUGUCAUUGUAAACUCUGAUAAAGAUCGAGUCUCGCUUGCCUUCUUCUACAACCCUAAAAGUGACCUGCUGAUAAAACCUGCGAAGGAGCUCGUGACAGAAGAGCAACCAGCUCUCUAUCAAGCAAUGACAUAUGACGAGUACAGACUUUACAUCAGGACAAAGGGUCCAUGUGGGAAGCAACAAGUCGAAUCUUUAAAGUGCUCUUGAUGAUAGUUUUCUACGUGGGAUCGGAUUAAAGACUUGUUUGGUCGUCUUAAUUGAAUCUAAAUAAAUAAAAAGAAAUUCAUUACAUAUCGAUAUUAUGUAUAAUGAAAUCCAUCUAUUGCAUAGAUGAAACUUAGGGAUCGAUACUAUAUUUAGUGUAGGUAAUUUUUUUUCAUGAAAAAAAAAGCUUUUUUAUCCUUUUCCUAUAAAUAUAUAUACUGCAACCUGUGUCAAUUGAUCGAAUCAUGAUUUUAUGAUCAAAUUAAAUGCAGAUGAAGAUGAUGAUGCUUAAUUCAAAGCCAGUUGCCAUGAGAUUAAAGCUUUUAUUUUCCCUAAUUGUUAUCAAAAGUUGACGUUAAAAUGUAUCCCAAUUCAAGAAAAGAAAAU